CCACGCGCAUGCGUCAGUAAGAUCCGAGACGCGCGCCGCAAAGGCCGCAAAGCACAGAUUUCCUAACCUAUUUUGACUUGUAUACAAAAUUCGAAUGCGACAUGUCACAUCGCGGCGCCGAUAAUAACAACAUGCAUAACUCGCUGGACGAGAAAAGCAUUGACCUGGAGAACUAUAGGAAGUUAGUCAAAUCGUACAUCGAUCUGCACCUGUACAGCGCUGCUUUGUUCUGGGCCGACAAAGUGGUGUCAUUGAGCAACGACGAUCCGAAGGACGUGUGCGUUCUAGCGCAAUGUAUGUACCUCAUGAAGCAGUAUCAUCGCGCAGCGCAUCUCAUGAAGAGAUACGGACUGGAGAAGACCGAUGUGAUGUGUCAUUACUUGACUGUGAGAUGUCUGUUGGAAGCGAAGGAAUACAACGAUGCGUUGCAAGUCAUCAACGAGUCUGAAAUAUGCACAAAUAUUACGCAGGCGGGUAUUACCUUCUCCACGCGUAUGGACAUCUUCCAGGACGCUCCGAGAAACGUUCAAAGCUCGAUACUGUACAUAAAAGGAAGAGUGUACGAAGCUAUGGAUAACAGAGCGGUAGCGACGGAGUGCUACAAGCAAGCUUUACAGUGCGAUGUCUAUUCGUAUGAAGCAUUUGAAGCUUUGGUGCAAAACCAGAUGCUCUCGGCAUCUGAAGAGCGGGAACUCCUGGAGUCCUUGCCAUUUGUUGAACAAUGUACGAAGGGCGAGGAGGAGCUUUUGCGACUGUUAUACGAUAGCAAAUUAAAGAAGUAUCAGGAACCAAACACAAAAGAAUCGUCAGUUACAUGUAACGUGAUGGGAAUUUCUGUCACCGACAGAUUAGUGGACAAUUUGGACAUGCAAGUAGCGAAAGCCGAAAAGUUAUAUUAUAAUUGUGACUAUCAUCAGUGUUUCUCGCUAACAGAGAAAAUCUUGAAAAAGGAUCCGUAUCACAACUCCUGCCUUCCAGUGCACAUUGCCUGUUUAGUCGAGCUUAAGAAGACCAAUGCUUUAUUUUAUUUGGCACAUAAACUGGUGGAUUUAUAUCCGGAAAUGGCCUUGGCGUGGUUCGCAGUUGGAUGUUAUUACUAUACGAUAGGUAAAAGCGACCAAGCAAGAAGAUACCUAGCAAAAGCUACUGCACUGGACAGACUAUUUGGCCCCGCUUGGUUGGCAUAUGGGCAUUCCUUCGCAGUAGAGAAUGAACACGAUCAAGCAAUGGCCGCUUAUUUCAAAGCGUCGCAGCUCAUGAAAGGCUGCCACCUGCCGCUUUUAUACAUCGGAUUAGAGUGCGGUUUGACGAAUAAUACGAAGCUGGCCGACAAGUUCUUCCAGCAGGCUCAAGGAAUAGCGCCGAAUGAUCCAUUCGUGAUACACGAGAUGGGUGUUAUAUGCUUUUACAAUUUAGAUUACAAAAAUGCGGAACGAUUAUUUAAGGAAGCCAUGAAAAGUAUUCAGGGCGACCUGAGGAACGUGGUUCUGCCCAGUAAAUGGGAGGCGUUGUUGAACAAUAUGGCGCACACCUGCAGAAAAAUGAAAAAGUACGAAGCGGCACUCGAGUAUCACCAGCAAGCGCUGGUUUUGGAUCCCAUGAAUCCGUCGACGUACUCGUCAAUCGGAUUCAUUUACGCGCUAAUGGGUAAUAUCCAGGAUGCGGUGGAUGCUUUUCACAGGGCACUCGGUCUUAGACAGGACGACACGUUCACCGCCACCAUGCUGGGAUACGUAAUGGAACAAUUAGUGGACGAGGCACCUCCGUACCCUGACGCGCCUGCGGAGAUACCAAAGUAUAAAUCCGAAGACGGCGAAGUCAGGCUGUCUAUGGAAAAUUCUAGCAGCGUAGCCAGCGGUUCGGCCGCCGAUCAGGCUGUCGAGAAGUUGAGGGUCAAUCUGUUCUCAGGCAGCUGGGGAGAGAACUCUGCCAAGGCGGAGGAAGAUAACGCGCCCGGCAAAUUGGAACGGCAAACGCGAGACGUACUGGUUGUUAAUUACUCGACUGGCGACAGCUCCGAGGUCGAGAUGUUAGAUUCAUCCACCGCGCACAUAGAGUAUUAGUAAAACUGCGAGCUCUCUCUCUCUCUCUCUCACAUGAUCUGUUCACCUGCUAUACAAUAAAAAGUAAAUUCAGAACUUAUAUUUAUUCUCUAUGUAAAACAACGGUGUAAAUAAUGUACAUGUGGCUUUUCCACAUACUCUAGUUUUGAUACUUUGUAAGGUCACUGAUUUCUUGCAAUAUAUACAUUGCAAUAUAAUUUUAUCCAGGUAUUGUGUCAAUGUACCUGAUUGAGAAAUAAAAAGUCUGAAAAAAC